CAGCAACCGACGUAACAUUUCCAGCCCAAUCGCGGAGUCUUUCCCCGACCAGACGACCGUUCCUCCUCAUACGUUCGAAGUCGUUAACAAAAAAACUCUCUCCAGCACGGUCAUCAUCAUAAUAAUUGCUUGCGUGUUUGGAGUGACGAUACUUUUGCUCAUCAACAUCGCCGUCGCCGUGUACUGCGGACCAAAAUUGACCAGUUACGUGGUCACACCCAGAAAACCAAGUUCGAAUCACGUUGUUGACGACCCCGCCAAAGACGUCACCAGGUGGAGCACCGUGAAAGCAAGAGACGCAAGAAAAAAAGGGACUAUAGAGGCAAGAGACGAGACGGGUAUGAAGGAAAAUGAUCUCUACCAGGCUUCAGACUUUCGGGGUCUCGAUUAUUUCUCCUUGAAAGAAAAUGACCUCUAUCAGGGUAUAGAUGAAGUUGAAGGUCAAAUGUUGAAUCACUUCCCCGAAGGUCAAAUGAAAGAUAAUGUCAUUUACCAAGCGUUUGAUGACAUCAGCCCGACAGGUGACAAUGGUGGCCGUGACCUUGGACAAUGUCGAGAUCAAAUCGAGGAACAAAAUUUAUAUGAAGAAGUGAAUGACCUUGAACAGGCUCAUGAGGUCAUUCAUCUACCUGGGCAUAGCAUUUUAGAAGGUCAAGGUCAUAGCGCACGUGCCGUACGUUUGCCCGGGUACAAGACGCUUGAAGGUCAGGGACACAGGGCAGAAUCAGAUUGGGAUGAGAUGAAGGAAAACGACCUUUACUGCCCGAUACCUCAUCUAUAGUUUGAUACACUUCAUUCCGAGAAACAUGAAAAGGAUGUACUGCAAAAACAAGUGUGGUUCGAAAAGACGGUCAAGCAGCUUAUAAUUUAUUCGAGAACCUCCCUGGUACUACAAGAAGCAAAACAAUUAGCACUCUCAACAUUCUUUUCAAUAUCUGCAAUAUUCAUGGAGGAACUAUAGACAGAUACAAAGUUACAGGUUAUUUAGUGGCAAUACGUUUUGCAUUGUUUCACGACAAUUUCGGAUGACAUUCUAAAAGGGGCUUUUUCUCAUGGACGGCAUUUUGAAAGGGUUAAUUGGUAUUUUCAUACCCAAGUGCAGAGAGAAAUAAACAUAUGCAUUCAGAACUAAUUAAACGGGCAGUUGCGUCAACCGCUACUCCAAGGGCAAACAUGCAGAGUCAGGGCAUUUCAAAGACUUCUCGACGUAAUAUUGAAUGAGAGGCCAACCUCUGUCUGUUCAAAUGCCUCUCACUCUGAUACAACAGCGAGGAGUAGGUCACCAUAAUCCCCACUAGUGUCUCCUUCCACCCACUCGCUGAAACUCUGGCCGUCACCAUAGUUCCUAUUGAAUUCGUCGAUGAUGUCGGCGAGAUCGAUCUGCAGAUAAUGUAGAAAAUGAGAUUCUGAUUAAAGGCAACCAACCAUUGGACACAAGCCUGAUAUAGAUGA